GUUGACGAUGGACACCAUGGAUAACCUGGAGAAGCAGCUCAUCUGCCCCAUCUGCCUGGAAAUGUUCACCAAGCCGGUGGUAAUACUGCCGUGCCAACACAAUCUGUGUCGGAAGUGCGCCAAUGAUGUUUUCCAGGCGUCCAACCCCUACCUCCCGACCCGGGCGGGGGCGGUGACGUCGGGGGGUCGCUUCAGGUGCCCGUCGUGCCGGCACGAGGUGGUGCUGGACCGGCACGGGGUCUACGGGCUGCAGAGGAACCUGCUGGUGGAGAACAUCAUCGACAUGUUCAAGCAGGGGUCUACCAGCAGCAGCAAGCCGGAGCCGGAGAAGCGGGAGGAGGCACCGAUGUGCGAGGUCCACCCGGAGGAGCGGAUCAACAUCUACUGCGUGACACACGCCCUGCCCACCUGCUCCAUGUGCAAGGUGUUCGGGGCGCACAAGGACUGCGAGGUGGCCCCCCUCACCAGCGUCUACCAGACCCAGAAGACGGAGCUCAAUGACGGGAUAGCCAUGAUCGUCGGCAACAACGACCGGAUGCAGGGCAUCAUCAGCCAGCUGGAGCUGGCCUGCUCCACCAUCGAGGAGAACAGCCGGAGGCAGAAGACCCUUAUCUGUGAGAAGUUCGACGCGCUGUUCCACGCGCUGGAGGAGCGGAAGCAGAGCCUCGGCCAGCGGGUGACGGCGGAACAGGAGGAGAAGCUGGGCUACAUCCGGGGGCUGAGCCAGAGGUACGGGGCCCACCUGGAGGACAGCUGCCGGGCCGUGGAGACGGGGAUCACCGCCAUGGAGGAGCCGGAGAUGGCGCUCUUCCUCCAGGCGGCGAAACCUCUCCUGAAAAAGCUGACAGACGCCGCGAGCACCACCCACCUGGACAAGGUGGAGCCCGGCUACGAGAACAUGGACCACUUCACGGUCAGCUUCAGCAGGGAGCGCCAAGCCCUAAGCGCCAUCGACUUCAUCCACGACGAGGAAGAAGAGGAAGACGACGAAGAGGGGGUCGACGUGGACCCCGCUGGCAGCCCGGCGGUCGCCACGGCUACGCCAUCCCAGCCGAUCCCCUCCGCACAGACUGGAUCCCUCCCUAGCGCACCCAAGACCGCCUCCACCUCAACGUAGCCGUCGGCUCGUUGGACUCAGGCGGUAUCCACGGUUACGAGACGUGUGUGUGUACCACGGUGCGGGGUCGGAGGUGGGAGAUGUAGUUUUUAUGAAAUAAGUUUGACUGUUUAACUUGACUAAAAUGAGAGACUGUGUCCCCCUGUCUCAGAAGGAGCACGUCUUCAGGAUGGACAACCCCCCCUGUGUGUGAAGGCGGGGGUAGAAGGGAUUCUGUGAUAAUGUCCCUCAGCUGAGGUUCUUUGUCAUAUAAAGUGCCUUCAGAGUGGAGGGUUUGUUAAGUUUUGUUAUUUGUAAAGGAGGAAAUGUCAGGUCAACACGUGACGCUAAUGUGCCUGGCUGAACUUCUUCAACGACAGUGCAAUCUUUUAGGGGGCACUCUUUGUUAGGCACUUUUUUGUACACGUAAACUGAUUUCCUUUUUAUCAGUUGGAUCCGUUAGCAUUAGCACAAGAUGGCCGCCUAAUUGGCCCACGUUCUCCAUGCACCACUGGUGACGUUUACCUCCGUUCACGGCUCCGUGCACAGAGCUCGCUAGACACCUUAGUCUCCACAUUGGUAUGAAGUGGGAACGUUUUCCCCUCGGAGAACCCAUCUGGCUCUGGCUGUUAUCAAUCCUUUUUAAUUGUCAUUGGGCAUUCCAACGUAAAGGAAGAAUAAACUUUGUUACUCACUAAAA